GCAUGGUGAUCCCCACGGAGCUUGGGCUUAAAACAGAUGUUGUAGACGCGCCGGUCCGCAUGCCUCGAUGCAAGCUGGUAAGUAGACUGUAUAUUAGCAUUAUUGAUGAAGUGGGGCCCACUUUCUGGGUCCCGCGAUCUGUAGAGCCGUCGGGAUAAGAUAAUGAAAUGCAAGUUGCAAAGCAAACCAUCUUCCCCUGUGCUUCUACCAUACCCUAAGCAUCCGAUCUCUCUGCAAGAUGACGAUUCCUGAAAUGAGAAUAGGGAGGAAAAAGGUACGAGCCCCUUUCGUCGUUUCAGCAACGGCAAACACAGGAAAAAGAAGAAGAAGACCCACCGCUCGAAAGCCAGCCCCAAUCAAAGAAGUCCCACUAGAACAAAAGAAGAUACAGAGAGAGAAUGAUGAAGAAAAUGAAGAUAGUCUGCUAAAAGAAUCCAACCAUCCAAAUCCAAUAUCAGAUUGGGUGAUCACCAUCGAAGAGAAGAUCAACGCUGCUGGCCCCCCUUGUGAAAGAGGAUGCCCAUGGGCCCACCACUGCAUCUUCAGGGUCCCACGAAACCUCCUAGAGAUGGAUCCGAAAUCCUACAUCCCCCAGAUUGUCUCCAUUGGCCCUUACCACAAUGGCAAAUCCCACCUCCAGGAAAUGGAAUCGCACAAGUGGCGGUUCCUCCGCCACCUUCUCGACCGCACAGGCCACCACGUGGAGAUGUAUCUUGACGCCAUGUCACAGCUCGAAGAUCAUGCGCGCCACUGCUAUGCAGGGCUCAUCAAGGAAAUGAACGCUCGAGAAUUCGUGGAGAUGAUGCUAAUCGACGCUUGUUUUAUACUCGAACUCCUCCGCACCUCCAUACAAGGAAUCAUACACUGUGGCUACUCAUGGGGGGAUCCAAUAUUCACCACACGCGGUGUCGUUCCAUGCAUCCAACGCGACAUGCUUAUGAUCGAAAACCAGCUUCCCUUAUUCGUUCUUGACCGUUUGUUCACCCUGACGGCCGGACCAGAUGAGACCGACUCAGUAGCCCAACUCGCUCUCCAGUUCUUUGACUCAGUUAUCCCCGGAUGCCAGAAUGAAAACACCCAUUUAUUUAAUUCUAAUGAUUAUGGCUUUCAUCUUCUUCAUCUAAUCCGUCAAAGCCUACUCCCAUCGCCACGGGCCACAUUUACGAAGAUCAGAACAGAUCACCAACCUCAGCUAAUGGUGCACUGUGUCACUAAUCUGAGGGAAUCUGGCAUCAAAUUCCGAAAGAAGAGAUCAGACAAAUUCAUGGAUAUCAAAUUCCAUAAUGGUGUCCUUGAAAUCCCACCGUUGGUUAUCCAUGACUCUACCAAGUCCAUCUUCCUCAACCUCAUGGCAUUUGAGCAGUGUUACCCGCAUUGCAGCAACGACGUCACGUCUUACAUAAGCUUCAUGGAUGGUCUGAUCAACUCUUCCCAAGACGUGGGCUAUCUACGCCAACAGGGGAUUAUAGAUCAUGGGCUGGGGAGCGAGGACGACGUGGCACGGCUCUUCAACGGUCUGUGUAGAGAGAUCGCGUUCAACAUGAAUGAUUGUUAUCUUUCGCACGUGUCUGAUGAGGUGAAUAAGUACUUCGAUCGGAGGUGGCACGUGUGGCGGGCUAGCUUGAAGCAUGAGUAUUUUCGCCAUCCGUGGGCCAUCAUUUCUCUUGUGGCUGCGAUUCUUCUGAUCGGCCUCACGCUCGCGCAGACAUUCUACACAAUUUUUCCUUACUACGUUCCUUCCUCUUAGAUGACUUUGAGUUUUCGUUAUUUUGACCAUUGUACUCAGCUUUCCAUUUGCGUUUUCAUUUUGGAAACGUGCGGCCAUGGCUCAGUGAUCCAAACCGUUGAUAUAAUGGACCAGGCCACGAAAAUGCCCGAAAUUGGAAGAUCCUGGAUACUGAAUGUUUUGCCUGUUGUAGGUUGAAUGUGAACCAUUGGUGUAUUUUCUUUCA